AUGGCUGAAGCUCUUGAGGGCCUCGUUGCCGUCAUGGCCCCGGAGCAGCUGGGGAACUCACUCGGCAACAAGUGGCCUUUGACAAAUCAGUUCCUGUCUCCGCCCACUGUCAUCACCGAGCGCAGCUUCCUCAUGGCCGUGACGGCUCAUCGCAUCAACGCGGCUUGCUGA